AGGAAGAGGGAACAGACUAGUGCGACAGUGCCUGUGAUAGUGCUUAGCUCACACACCUUCUACAACAGAGAUAGCCGACAGAAAGAAGGAGCUGGCUUGACGUCCCUGCUGCCUUUGCUUUGCGGAUGUUUUAGUCUAAAUGGACGAACAGAGUGAAGGGGAGCAUGUACUUACGGGUCUAGAUGAGGAGGCACUAGUUGACCAUGGAAAGUCCAGCUUCACCACUCACACAAACUAUGAAAGAGAAGAUUUGGAAAGCCACAGAGCAGUGUACGUAGGCGUCCAUGUUCCUCUCGGGAGGGAGAGCAAACGGAGGCAUCGCCACCGAGGACACAAACACCACCGAAAGAAGAAAGAGAGAGACUCUGAGGAGGGGAAGGAAGAUGGCAGGGAAUCCCCCACUUACGACACACCAUCCCAGCGGGUCCAGUUCAUCUUGGGUACAGAGGAUGAUGACCUCGAGCACGUCCCCCAUGACCUCUUCACUGAGCUGGACGAACUCUCCUUCAGAGAUGGCAGCGCCACUGAGUGGAAGGAGACCGCCAGAUGGCUGAAGUUUGAAGAGGAUGUGGAAGACGGAGGGGAGAGGUGGAGUAAGCCCUAUGUGGCUACGUUGUCACUACACAGCUUAUUUGAACUGAGAAGCUGCAUACUCAACGGCACAGUCAUGCUGGAUAUGAGGGCCAACAGUAUCGAAGAAAUUGCAGACAUGCUAAUAGACAGCAUGGUGGCGUCGGGCCAGCUGAAGGACGAUUUACGCGAGAAGGUGCGGGAAGCCAUGCUGAAGAAACACCACCACCAGAAUGAGAGAAAACUCAGCAAUCGCAUCCCUUUGGUGCGCUCCAUUGCUGACAUAGGCAAGAAACAUUCUGACCCACUCUUGCUUGAAAGAAACGGAGAGGGCCUGUCCUCUUCACGUCUCUCUCUCCACAAGCCAGGGGCAGCCUCUUCUGUCUCCAACCUCUCCCAGAGACGAGAGUCCAGAGUCUCCGUCCUGCUCAACCAUCUCUUACCCUCUUCCUCCUCCAACUCCCCGCUCCUCACCACCCUUCAAAGUACCCCCAAUGUCUUCCGGCGCUCCUCUCCGAGCCCGCCACGCACCCAUGGCGCGGGCCUUGGCCCUCAAGGCAUCCCUGAAGUGGUUGUAUCGCCCCCCGAGGACGACGACCCAACAAACUCGGCAGAAGAAGAGGCAGCAUCACCUCAGCUCAGCCGGCGAGCAUCCUCGGCAUCCCAGGGCUUCGAGCUGCUGCCCUUAGAAGGAUCGCUGGUGUCUCCGAACUCUGUCCCAAACAACCUGGACGGCAACAAGGCAGUGGAGAGAAGACCGUCCAAAGUAGGGGUCAGUAGAGAAAGCAGCAGUGUCGACUUCAGCAAGGUGGACAUGAAUUUCAUGAAAAAGAUUCCUCCGGGUGCCGAAGCUUCCAACGUGCUGGUGGGAGAGGUGGACUUCCUGGAGAAGCCCAUAAUUGCUUUUGUACGACUGUCCCCUGCGGUCCUUAUCACAGGCCUCACAGAGGUGCCUGUGCCCACGAGGUUUCUUUUCCUGCUUUUGGGUCCUCAUGGCAAAGGGCCUCAGUACCAUGAAAUUGGCAGAUCCAUGGCCACACUAAUGACAGAUGAGAUUUUCCAUGAUGUGGCAUACAAGGCCAAAGACCGAACAGAUCUUCUGUCUGGGAUAGAUGAGUUCCUAGAUCAAGUGACUGUCUUGCCUCCUGGAGAAUGGGACCCCACAAUCCGGAUUGAGCCCCCAAAGAAUGUCCCUUCACAGAUGAAAAGGAAGAGACCGUCCCAACCCAACGGCACUGCGUCACCAGCUGGAGAGCUGGAAAAGGACGAGGACCACCACGCAGGGCCUGAGCUGCAGAGGACCGGGAUGAUAUUUGGAGGUCUGAUCUGGGACAUCAAGCGGAAGUUACCGUUCUACUGGAGCGACAUCAGAGACUCCUUCAGUCUGCAAUGUCUAGCCUCUGUCCUGUUCCUCUACUGCGCCUGCAUGUCCCCCGUCAUCACAUUUGGAGGUCUGCUUGGGGAGGCAACGAAAGGCAACAUCAGUGCCAUAGAGUCUCUGUUUGGGGCCUCACUGACCGGAGUGGCAUACUCCCUCUUCGCAGGCCAGCCACUCACUAUUCUUGGCAGCACGGGCCCUGUUUUAGUGUUUGAGAAGAUCCUCUUCAAGUUCUGCAAAGACUACGGCCUGUCCUACCUGUCGCUGCGGACCAGCAUUGGCCUGUGGACAGCCUUCCUGUGUCUUGUCCUCGUGGCCACAGACGCUAGCUCCCUGGUCUGCUACAUCACCCGAUUCACAGAGGAGGCUUUUGCUGCGCUCAUCUGCAUCAUCUUCAUCUACGAGGCUCUAGAGAAGCUCUUUCACCUGGGAGAACACUACCCGGUCAACAUGCACAACGACUUGGACAACCUUACCAUGUAUUCGUGUCAGUGCUCUGAGCCAGUCAAUGCCACAGAUGACCUCAUGCAGAAGUGGAACCGGUCAGGCUACAGCCCAGACUCCAUCCCAUGGAGCAGCCUCAAUGUUACGAUGUGUAAGACACUCCAUGGGGAGUUUGUGGGCCCUGCCUGCGGUCAUCAUGGUCCCUACAUCCCAGAUGUUCUCUUCUGGUCUGUCAUCCUCUUCUUCACCACCUUCUUCCUGUCCUCCUUCCUGAAGCAGUUCAAGACAGAGCGAUAUUUUCCCACCAGGGUGCGAUCCACUAUCAGCGACUUUGCUGUGUUUAUAACCAUCAUGGUCAUGGUGCUGGUGGACUAUCUAAUGGGGAUCCCCUCCCCUAAACUUAAUGUCCCUGACCGCUUUGAGCCAACUUCAAAGAACAGAGGCUGGCUCAUGGACCCGUUAGGAGAAAAUCCCUGGUGGACGCUGCUUGUGGCAGCACUUCCUGCUCUGCUCUGCACCAUCCUCAUCUUUAUGGACCAACAGAUCACAGCGGUCAUCAUCAACCGCAAGGAGCACAAGCUCAAGAAAGGCUGUGGCUAUCACCUGGAUCUGCUGGUGGUGGCCAUUAUGCUGGGUGUUUGCUCCAUUAUGGGCCUGCCGUGGUUCGUAGCUGCAACCGUCCUCUCCAUCUCCCACGUUAACAGCCUGAAGGUGGAGUCUGGCUGCUCUGCUCCAGGAGAGCAGCCCAAGUUUCUGGGCAUCCGGGAGCAGCGGGUCACUGGAUUCAUGAUCUUUGUACUCAUGGGUUGUUCUGUUUUUAUGACAUCAGUGCUCAAGUUUAUUCCUAUGCCAGUCCUGUAUGGAGUCUUUCUCUACAUGGGUGUCUCUUCCCUCAAAGGCAUUCAAUUCUUCGACAGAAUCAAGCUGUUCGGCAUGCCUGCCAAGCACCAGCCUGAUCUGAUCUACCUGCGAUAUGUGCCGCUGUGGAAGGUCCAUAUCUUCACCCUGGUGCAGCUCACCUGUUUAGUGCUGCUCUGGGUCAUCAAGGCCUCUGCUGCAGCUGUUGUGUUUCCCAUGAUGGUUCUGGCGCUGGUCUUUAUCCGAAAGCUUCUCGACUUUUUCUUUACUAAGAGAGAGCUGAGCUGGCUCGAUGAUUUGAUGCCAGAAAGCAAGAAAAAGAAGGAGGACGACAAGAAAAAGAAAGCACGAGAAAAACUGGCUUCCGAUGCUGUUUUCAUUCAGGAAGAAGAGUCCAGACUGCAGGAAGAAGAGGAGAUGGGUCUGAAGGUCAGCUUUGAUGCCGCGAACCGGCUCAGCAUCCCAGUGAAAACCCUCUCAGGGAGUGAUGAUACUGACCCCUUGGUUGUAAAUAUCUCUGAUGAAAUGGACAAAACCGCAACGUGGAAAGCAGUGAACUCGAGUGCAGAGUCUUGUGUCCAACCUCUGAAGCGUAGUGAAAGCCAGGAGAAGGUGGCCUGCGUUAGAGUCGACGUCAGCCCCGACACUCCAGGAGGGGGUUCCACUGCCGAGACCUUCCUGUGAUAAACUGAGGCCCUCCUCCCCUUUUUGAUACCUUCUCCCACACAACACUUUACCCCGGCCGACGAGCACCACCACAGGGGACAGCACCACCCGCCUGAGGAGUUCCCUUCUUCAGGGCAGCAGACGAGCUCUCCCAGGGCCGUGAGUCCAACUCCACUCACUUCUUGAAGCAUGCAGCGCAUACAAAUGGCUGCCACGAUGCACCGUAGAGCUCCGAGGUAUGAAGGAAUUCUGCCGUUACUGCCCACCGACGCUCACUGUUUCUUCCCAAUCUAGCAAUCUGUCACUCAUUAAAAACCACAGAUGCCAAAGGAAAAGGAAGGCGCCUCACUGGUGAGGAUCUUGGACUGUGUUAAUUAAAUCUUACUUUUAACCCACUGUAUAUUUUAAUAUUAAUUUUAUUGUUAUUUUAGCUGAUGGGCUGUGUGCAGCUCAUACACCGUGAGUUUGUUUCAAUGUAUUUAAGGACGGAUUAAGACCCUUAAACUAACUACACCAGCUUCAAAACUCAUUUGAUUAAAGCCAUUCAGGUACAGUCAGUGCCAGAGGAUUAUAUUUCAUAAUUUGUACGGCACCAAACCAAAACAGAGGUACAUUCAGAUGCUACUCCACCACACUACUACUGCAUACAUCGUUUUUCUCAUGAAUCAUCUCUCCUGUCCACAGGGGAACACUCAGUAUUGAUAUUGCUGCUCAUAAGCUGGUCAGUUGUUUUCACUGUAAACCUCACUGUUCAUAUUGUACGUGAUAUUAUAGAAAUAUCAUUAUGUAUGUAUGUAUACUGUGUUCAAACCUACUUCAGAGGCCAUAUGAAGUCUGUACUGUACAGUAAGCACUUUGCCAGUAUAGUUUCUUACCUAAAAAAGGAUUAUAGUGUGUUAAUAAAAAGGCUACUCCUCCUCCCACUGCAUCUAUAGAGCUGUUGUUCAAAGUCAGUUAAACAACUCAGGAAUCUUGAAUGAUUUCUGACUGUGGUCACUUGAUAUUUUUUUGUCACGAGGCAGUGAUAAUUAGCUGUCCACUGUAUUCCUUUCAUCGCUGGUAUCACAACUAUUUUAAUAAAUGCUGUAAAUCAUAAAAUAUAGUAAGUUGAGAACUAAAAAAGAGGAUAUUCGUGACCCAGUUAGAUGCACCGGUUUUUAUACUGUCUGUAUUAUUGUUGGUAAUAGUGUGUGUGCGUGUGUGUGGUGUAAAGAUAAUUUGUUUAGCGUUGCAAAUCAUUUUAUGCAAAAUAUUUCUACGGUAAAUGUAAAAAAUACUAUUAUAUUCUAUGAAGUUGUUCUUAUUUUGCUAAGUGCAGUCCUGUUUUAGCAAUAAGUAUACCAUACUGUGCAACGUAUGGACUCAUGAAUAGUGAAUAUUCAGGCGAAGAAUAAUUUGUGAGAAGAUUUUCGUGUCUGUUUCAUCGGCUGUGUCUGUGUGUAGCUACAGUGACUAUGCGGACAAUAGCUUACGUGCCUUGUCGAAGCUCUUUAUGUGCAAGUCUUGUACUGAUAAUUUAAAUGUUCAGAACAGAUGUACAGGUACACACAUGAUGGCACAAAAAUGCCAAAGACAGACCAUCAUCACUUCAGAGUGAACCCGUACACGGCUCAUUUGCAGAGGCUUCUGUCUGUCGUAGUGUUAUCCCACGUCUGUGUGAACGUCUCAAACGAUGUAACUCAAUUUAUCUUCCAUUUACAAAUGUUACUCUUGAUACUGUUUCUGUGUGUGUGUUCUACUGUCACAGCUCUAGUAUUUGCUCACAUUUAAAAGCUCUGUUAUCGAUAUUAAGGUACUGUCUUGUUUUUUUUAUUUUUAAAUGAUCAGUGAAUGUCAAAUUUAUUGUACCGUCAACAUCAAAAAUGAACUUGGUGACAUUUUGCCAAACAUUUAUUUUCUAAAAAAAUCUUUAAUUACAAAUCAAGCAGUUAUUUCCUUACACUCAUGGACCAUUUGAUAUUAAAAUAAUGUGAGUCGAUCAGUGAACAUCCACUAAACCAAGUACUUAUAAUUUCAUUAUUUUGUUUUAUUUUGAUGAAAUAAUUGAUUUUCACAUGACAUCAGUUUCAAGAUAUAUUGAAGAGGUCGAUCAACUACAUCAACAACCAAACUGUGGAGGUUUUAAACUCCGUCAUCACUUAGUAAAAAAUGCAUUUGAUCUGAUGUACAGACACAUAACAUCAGUGAAGCACAAAGCAUCCUGUUGUUCGCUUGAAUGAUGGCUUUUCUGUCAUGACCGAUUGGUGCAAAGCAAUAAAAGUGAAUACAUGGUGA